UUAUCUUUACAUUCUCAUUUUUUUCCCUACCAUGGAUCGUCCUGAUGCAUCUCAACCCAUUGUCAUUAUCAUGAACGGCUCAAACUACAUCCCUUGGGCCCAAGCCAUGACCAGUUUUCUCAAAGGCCGACGAUUAUGGCGCUAUAUAACCGUUGACAUCACCAAACCAAAACCAAAAGACAAAGAACCCGCAGACCCAGAAAAGCUUGAAGAAUGGGAUAGCAAGAAUCACCAAAUCAUCACAUGGAUUCGCAACACUUGCACUCACUCCAUCAGUCUCCAGUUUGGUCGUUUCUCAACUGCCCAAUCUCUUUGGGCUUUUCUGGAACAACGCUAUACCACCUCUGAUUUGGCUCACCAAUACCAGCUCCUAACCACUCUUCACCAAAUCAAGCAAAAACCAAGUCAAUCCAUCAAUAACUUCCUCUCUGAGUUGUAUUUCAUCUGGGAUCAACUUGCCUCGUCUGAACCUAUGUUUACCGAUCUCGAAAGUGCUACCAAAUUCACUGCAUAUCGAGAUCAACAGCAUUUGGUUCUCUUUCUCAUGGCUCUCCUCGAUGAGUUUGAACAUGUUCGUGCUUCACUUAUUCAUCGCAAUCCUCUGCCUACAUUAGAUCAGGCGGUCACUGAACUUCUUUCAGAAGAAACAAGACUUCAACCUCGACAAAAAAUUCCUACAGAUGUUGUCUUUGCUACACCAAAUACUAGGGGAUCUUCCUUUGGUUCCUUCAAAAAUUGGUGUAACUACUGCAAAACUACCGGCCACAUUCUCCUAGAUUGCCCAGUCCGCAUCUGCCAGUUCUGCAAAAAAGGGGACCUGGUCAUCUUCAACGAGACUGCUCUCAUAAUCCUAAUCGAUCCUCUUCAUCUCAGCCCAAUACAUAUCGAGGAUCCAUAUCUAAAUCAGUAGCUACUGUGCUUGAUACCUCCACGCCAACACUUUCCACAGGAGAAUUGUCUGUCUCUCAUAUUGAGGACAUUGUCAAACAAGUUCUUACUCAUUCGGGUAACUCAUAUUCUACUGCCAUGUCUGUCACAUCAGGAUCCAAAGACGGGACAGACUCUUGGGAUAGGCCGUAAGGUUGGACGCCUCUUUGAAGUCAGCAAUCUCCAUAUUCCCUCAUCAUUUAUCUCAUCAGAGUUCACUACAUCUGCCUCUCCCACAACGUCUCUUCACCUAUGGCACAAUCGCCUCGGUCAUCCAUCCAUUGAUCGUCUCAAAACUUUGGUCUCUCACGGUCAAAUACAAUAUACUCCAACUGAUGAAUUUGACUGUCUUGCAUGCCAAUUAUCCAAGCAAUCAGCAUUACCUUUCUCUAAUAGUAAUUCUAUUUCCUCUACACCAUUUGAUUUAAUUCACUCUGAUGUUUGGUGGCCUUCCCCAACAAUUACCAUGGGAGGAUCACGUUACUAUGUUAUUUUUAUUGAUGAUUUUUCUCGUUA